AUGUCCGCGACAGCAGUGCUUGCCUCUGGCUGCAAGAUGCCCCUCGUCGGGUUUGGACUUUGGAAAGUGCCCGCCGCGAGCGCAAGCGAUACGGUCUACAAUGCCAUCAAAGUUGGCUACCGGCUUUUUGAUGGUGCAUACGAUUAUCAGAAUGAGAAAGAGGCAGGCGACGGUAUCAGACGGGCUAUUUCAGAUGGCAUUGUCAAGCGUGAAGACAUCUUCGUCACCACUAAGCUCUGGAACAACUAUCACAGCAAGAACCAGGCUUUGGAAAUGGCUAAAGCCCAGAACGAAGCAUGGGGGCUUGGUUAUAUCGACCUCUAUCUGAUCCAUUUCCCGGUGGCUCUAGAGUAUAUCUCUCCAGAUCAGCUGAGAUACCCGGCUUGGUGGAUGGACGAAGAUCAUAAAGUCAUCAAAACAGCCAAGGUCCCAAUGCACGAGACCUGGGCAGCAAUGGAGGAGGUUGUUGAUGCUGGAAUAGCCAGAUCAAUUGGCAUCUCUAAUGCCCAGGCUCAGACAAUCUACGACAUCAUGACCUACGCCAGACACCCCAUCUCAUCACUGCAGAUUGAGCAUCAUCCAUAUCUGGUCCAGCCCGAGCUCAUUCAAAUGGCACAGGAGAACGGCAUCAUCGUCACCGCGUACUCGAGUUUCGGGCCACAAAGCUUCUUAGAGCUACCUCCGGCCUUCCGAGAACGAGCUAAGGAUAUGCCACUUCUGUUUGAUGUCGAUGUCGUCAAGAAAGCUGCGGAAAGAGCUGGCAAAACUCCUGCUCAAAUUCUGCUCCGCUGGGCAACACAGCGCAAUAUUGCUGUGAUCCCAAAGUCCAACAACGUUGCAAGGCUGCAACAGAAUUUGGAGGUGACGGACUUUGAUCUAAAGGCAGACGAACUCGGCGCGAUCGCGGCCUUGGACAGGGGCUUGAGGUUCAAUGAUCCUGGAUUUUACUUGGAUAAACCUCUGAGAAUAUUUGCGUAG